UGAUGAUUCAUUGAUAGACAAAAUACCUGGUCGGCAAACUGAUCGGAAGACACUUUUUGGGGAAUUGAAUUGGAUUUUCACAGCUGUCACUGAUACAAUUGCAUGGAAUGUUCUUCCACAUGAUCUAUUUCAAAGGUUGUUCAGACAGGAUUUGUUAGUUGCCAGUCUGUUCAGAAAUUUUUUGCUUGCUGAGCGGAUUAUGCGGUCUGCAAAUUGUUCUCCAAUUUCACAUCCAAUGUUACCUCCAACCCAUCAGCAUCACAUGUGGGAUGCAUGGGACAUGGCUGCCGAAAUUUGUCUUUCUCAACUUCCAGCAUUGGUUGAAGACCCCAACUUGGAGUUUCAGCCAAGUCCAUUUUUCACCGAGCAGCUGACAGCUUUUGAGGUAUGGCUUGAUCAUGGAUCCGAAAACAAGAAACCUCCAGAAUCGACAUGUGUUUUACUCAGCCAAGGACAUCGAUUCAGGGCGCUGGUUCUUCUUGGUAGAUUUCUUGAUAUGGGACCUUGGGCUGUUGAUCUGGCCUUGUCCGUUGGAAUAUUCCCGUAUGUUCUAAAGCUUCUGCAGACGACAACGCCGGAGCGGCGACAAAUUCUGGUUUUUAUAUGGACAAAGAUUCUGGCCUUAGAUAAGUCUGCUUCUCAAGUCCAUGGGGGUCUUCUUGCAGCUGGUUUCUUUGAUGGUUCUGUCAAGCUUUAUGAUGCUCGCAUUCCUGAAUUGCUUGUCUGCACAAUGCGCCCACAUGUGCAAAAAGUAGAAAAGGUUGUGGGGAUUGGCUUUCAACCCGGACUUGAUUCGUCGAAGAUUGUCAGUGCCUCUCAGGCUGGUGAUAUUCAAUUUCUGGAUAUCAGAAAUCAGAGGGAUCGGUAUCUAACCAUCGAUGCUCACAGAGGUUCACUUACAGCAUUAGCCGUUCAUAGACAUGCUCCUAUCUUAGCUAGCGGUUCAGCCAAACAGUUAAUUAAGGUCUUCAGCCUAGAUGGCGAUCAACUAGGCACCAUUAGAUACCAUCAACAAGCGUGUUUUCAUUGUUGGUGGAAUCAGACUUGAAUAAUAUGGGAUUUAUGUGCUUUAAGAUAUGAAUGGGAUUUAUUGUUGCUUUAAGAUAUGAAUGGGAUUUAUGUGCAAGUGCUAAUAGCAUUUUCAUUGUUGGUGGAAUCAGACUUGAAUAAUAUGGUUUCCUACGUAAUGUGACUUGUAGUUUCAA